UCACACCGGGGAAAACAACUCAGCAGCAUGGUGGUCUUGCAAGGAAAACACCUGAGCCGUGUUACCAAGCCUCUGAAAAAAUGGAUUGGAAUUGAAAACGUGCCAGGGGGAACGCCCACUGUGUGAGCCAGUCGGGGCGGAGCGGUCAGCCAGGAAUGCUGCCCUGCUGUCCUGGCCCGUCAGGGCAAGGGACGUAGCCAGGAGGGGAGCACUGCCUGGCCAGGGCUCCGUCCGCAUCUGGGAGAGCAUGUGCCAGGCCCUGGCGUGAUGAGGCAGCCAGUGCUGAUGUGGGCAGAGAGGUGGUGAAGUGCCUCGAGGGGCAACGGCUCUGUCGGACGUGGUAUCAUUGCACCUGCCCAAGGAUGGAUCUGGAAAACUCGUGACAGCGCCACAAUGCGGGCCCAAAGGUACCUGGCUGGGCACCUCCCUGCUUCACAGCUACCUGGGCAAGGCUAGAGUCGCUGCUGCAGGGGAGGAGGAGCACCUGUGUCCCCGAAGUCCCAGCCAGAGCAUCCCGCUGGCAUGGCGAGCCCCCAUGCUGAAGAGCUGCCCGCCGAGGGCACAGCCGACCCCGACGCACACAUCUACGAGGAGGUGACGCUCUGCGAGAGGAUGGAGCUCAGCCAGCGGCUGGCUGUGGAGGAGCUGAUCACUACCGAGGCCAGCUAUGUGCACAACCUCCAGCUGUGCCUGUCAGACAUCCGGGCACACCUCCAGCAGAAGCAGCUGCCUGGUCUUGACCUGGAAGGACUCUUCUCCAACAUUGACGACAUCCUUCACCUCUCCAGACGGUUCCUCAGGGGACUCGAGGCCACAGCUGCACAGGAGCACGAUCAGCUGCUGGGCAUCAGCACCCUGUUCCAGGAGUUCAAAGAGGAGAUGGAGACUGUCUACAAGACCUACUGCGCCAGCUAUGACAAUGCCCUCCUGCUUGUGGAGAGCUACCGCAAGGACCCCAGGCUGCAGGAGGAGAUCAUGGAUACCCUGAAUGCAACGGUGCCUCACACAAGCGCCUCGGACCUCAGCUUCUUCCUGGUGAUGCCGGUGCAGAGGGUCACCAAAUACCCACUGCUGCUGGGCAAGAUCCUGGAGAACACCCCCGCUGGCACCAAUGCCCACCAGGCCCUCGCCGCGACCGUCAGCACCAUGGCCCAGGUCAAUGCCAACAUCAACGAGUACAAGCGGCAGCGGGAAGUGGCGACCAAAUACAACAAGGCCGAGCACCUGACGCUGCGGGACCGCCUGGCUCGCCUCAACACCCACUCCAUCGCCAAGAAGACCACGCGUCUGAGCCGGCUCCUCAUGCACGAGGCCGGCUUUGUGAGCAAGACGGAGGACAAGGAAUAUGACAACCUGGAGGAGAAGUUCCAGAGCGUGGCAUCCAGUGUGGCUGCACUGAAGGAGAACGUGGCAUCCUACAUGGCACAUUUAGAGGCGUUCCUGGUGCCGGCCCCACACAAGCGAGAGCUGCAGAUGGAGGAGGGCCCUGCCCAGCAGUACCAGCGCCUCGCAGAGCACCUCCACCGCGCUGUUUUCCCCGAGUUUAAGCAACGCCUGGACAGGCUGGUCUGGCAGCCCCUCUGCAGCCUCUCGGAGAUGCUGGUGGGGCCACAGCAGCUGGUGAAGAAGCGCCUGGACAAGCUGCUGGACUACGAGGAGAUCCAGGAGCGCAAGAGCGAGCUGGGCAGCGUGACGUACGAUGAGGAGGCUGCCAUGAACACCUACCUCGCCAUCAAUGCCCUGCUCGUGGCCGAGCUCCCGCGGUUCAACCAGCUGGUUGUGCAGCUCCUGGGGCAGGUGCUGGGCUCCCUCUGCGUCCUGCACCAGGACCUGGCUGCGGAGGUCCUGCACGAGGCAGAAAAGGAGCUGAAGCAGCUGCCCCAUGGCCACAUGACUCUGCCCGCUUUCUGGAGGCUGGUGGAGGACACUCUGCAGCAAGCUGGUGCCCAGCUCUGUACGUUCACCCAGGCGUUUGAGACGGUCACACCGAGCCCUGUGACACAGCCCCUGACUGCUGCCGAGGAGCGGAAGGUCCUUUCCCUCGUGAGCAAACACGGCCCAGACAAACUUUACCAAGUGACAAGCAACGUCAGUGGCAGCAAAGACUUGGACCUGACCUUGCAAAGGGGACAGAUUGUGGCUCUGCUGCAACGCGUCGACACCAAGGGCAACACGAGCAGGUGGCUGGUGGAUGCUGGAGGUCCCCGAGGGUUUGUGCCUGCUGGCAAACUGCAGCCCUAUAGCCCAGUGCAAGGCCAGCAGACCGGGAUGCAGACGCCAACCCAAGAGAGUGUCCCAGACAGAAGGCGACAUUCGUAUGCAUCACCCGAGGCUCCCAGGCCCCAGGUGGCCACAUUCACCCCGGCUUUCCAGAUGGUCGCUGGCUUCUCCUUUGCCGCCAGGAGUCCGCAGGAGGUCAGCCUGCAGGCUGGGCAGCCCGUGGUGGUGCUGGAGCCACAUGACAAGAAGGGCAGCAAGGAGUGGAGCCUGGUGGAGGUGAACGGCCAGAGGGGCUACGUGCCCUCCAGCUACCUGGUGACAGUCCCUGUCCAGGAGCCCAUGGGCUGGAGCGUGCCUGUGUGAGCACCGCCAGCCCAGUACCCCAGGGCGCAGGCUUCGUGCUGCUCUCAGAUGAGAGCCAUCUGCUUGGCACCCGAGGAGCUCUUCACAGAGAUGCUGGAGGGGGGUGGCUGCAUGGCCCUGGGCUGGGGAAGCAGCAGGAUAUGGCCCAGGGAAUGUGGGCACAAGCACGGAGGUGGAGAGAUGUGUUUUGUGCUGAUGGGCACAAGGGCUGGAAAGCAGGAGGGUGACAUGUCCCAUGUGUGUUUGCUUACUACUGGGAGACACAGAGGGAAGGCUCGGGACCACGUGCCAGCAGGUGGCUGCAGGUUUGCAGGGGUUUGUUGAAAUUUGUGUCAGUGGGAAAAGUGUCCCUAGGGGUGGUGAGAUGGAACUGUCCAUAGGUAGUUCAGGUCCAAGCUGCAAAGGCUGCAGUGCCACAGAGGGGCGAGGGGAGGUAGCUGGUGCUGCUCAUUUUCUCUCCCAGCCCCAAGGGGUGAGCUGGGCUCUGCAGUACCAGAUAUUCCUGGGCCAAACCUCAAUGGCCAUGGGACCUUACCUGCAGGCUCUAUCCCUAGGAGGUGCCCUUGGACGUGGUGUGAGGCUGUGGAGCACCAACGUCCCUCACUUCUCCCAGAAUAUUUCCCAAACCCUUUGCACUCACUGCUGUCCCAAGCCUUGAGCUGCUCCUUCAGGGUGAGAAGAGGGCACAGGUCUCUUCCAGCCUAACCACAAGGAAAAAUAAAGGGCACAAGAGUGCCUUUAAAUAGCACGGUGAGGACACGCUCUCCUACAAGGAAUGCUCUGGCCAGGCAGGCGGAACAUGCUUGUGACCAGGGAUGGGGGGAUGGCGGGCAGGGACGGCUCCUGGCCAGGCGCCAGGGCUAAGGUUAGGCAUUGGAGCAGGACCAUGCCUGUGGCAGAUGCUCCCAGCCCGGGGUCUCGCCAUGCCCAGGGCUUUGCGGGGUGGCUGCUGCUGCCCGCAUCCUGCCCGCUGCCCUGCAAGUUGUUUGGUGCUGGCGCAGCACCGGGGCUGAUUCACAUCCUGGAUGUGGAGGCAUUUGGAUCAAAUCCGACCUGCUGGCCCCUGGCCUGCUUGUUUGUGUGCUGGGGGGUGCACAGUGGUCUAGGCAAGGCCGGUGUGGGUUAAACGGGUCUUCUUGCUGGCACAGAGGGGUGCAGAGCCCUGGGAGGGUCUGCAGAGCCGAUAUGUUGGCCUAGGAUUGCAUGAGCUUCAUGAGCAUGAAUUGUGUGUGGAGCAGAAGCUCCCUUUGUCCCCACAGUGGCCCCAGGCAGCAUGCUGCAGACGUGCCCUGCCCCAUCUUCCUGGUGUGCAGGAUCCAGCCCUGUACUCGGGGAGGCACAGAGCUGCUUCCCUACCUCUCUGCCCACUGCUUCGGCCCCAGGGACAACAGCAUCCCUCAUUCCCUUGCUCUGGUGGGAGGAGAGAGGCAAGAGAGCUAGCUGUCCCUGAGGAGCAGGGUGCCAGCACAGCCAUGUUCCUACAGGCAGGCAGUGGCUGCUCAGGCUCUGCUCUGCCCCUGCCUUAUCUCCCUGCCCAGGUGUGCACAGCCCCAGGGGCACAGCAGGAGGCUCGGCAGGUAGGAGCCACAGUGUGCCUGCAGCUGGGCACACUGGGGGCAGGCAGGGAUGGCCGUGAGCCCAGUCCAGCCAGCACCACAAAGAGGAGAGCAGCACCCGUGGAAGUCCCAAGCUGGGGUUCCCAAACCCUGACCCAUCCCCACACCCCAGGGUGCAAGGAGGGGAGGAAACAUGCAGCGGUGUGCAGGGAGAGGGGCUGAAUGCAGGAGACGGGUGGCCCAGGGGAAGCAGGACCCCCAGGACCUGCUGGGAAAGCUGCCUGCAGGGCCAGAGGGGGGCUGAGCCCGGCAGAGUGCGGCCCAGGGGCUGGGAGGUGGGAAGGGAGGCACGAGCAUCACUCCUGGCUCCUGCCUUGCACAGCCAGCACCUGAAUUGUCUAAUAAAGUGUGAAAUUGCUUUCAUGCUCUGCUA